UUAUUGGAUCCAGAUCUUGUUUUGAUCCAGCCUUCAUUAGAAAAAAUAUUCUUUUAGAUGCGAUCGAGCACUGAUUCGGUUGAAGCUGCCGGUAGCAAAACCCGUCCCUGGACAGAUGAUUUAGAAGUCUGCCCGUUCACUGCCGUCGGUGAAGCAACAAAUCAGACAUAUCGUGAGGAUGGCAGUCGCUUCGAAGCUUUCAAAUCCAGGGACAGGAAGUGCCUAUGUAGAGUGGACGAAACUUUGCUUUACGCCAUCUAUUCCGGUCAUAACGGAGUGCGAGUGGCCGACUUCGCUCUGCAGAAAAUGGCUGCCGAUCUUCUGUUUGGUCAGUUGAAUGGUCGAGCGACGGACGAAGCUGUAAAGGACGUCAUUCGGCAGGCUUUUCAUUCCGUCGAAAAAGGCUACUUUGAUUCGAUCGAUGCUGACGUGGCCACUAAAACGGACUUGCAGUUGCAGCUGUCCAUGGAUGGACUUAGUCAAUACCAAAUUUCGCAGGAGUUCGGUAAUGUUUUGGAAAAAUUAGAUAAACUUAACGUGGAGUUGUCAGUUGGAAGUAGUGCCGCCUUGGCAUUGGUAUAUCAGUCCAAGCUUUAUAUCGGAAACAUUGGAAACUGUCGUGCCCUACUGUGUAAGACUGAUGAGUACGAAACGCUAACCGUUACUCAACUGAGCGUAGAUCAUAAUCUGUACAAUGAAGAAGAGGUUCUGCGACUGUUUCGCUUAGGAUUAGAGGCACAGAAUUUCGAAAACUGUCCGCUUUAUAGCACCAAGUGUAUUGGAAAUUAUAUGGGAAAAACUGGUUAUAAAGAUUGCGAUUUUCUAUCAGAUGCCUCAUCAGAACCAGUUACCUUUCAGCCGGAGAUUGUCGGUUCGAUUCCGAUUACACCGGCCUGUAAAUUUCUAGUCUUAAUGUCCAGUGGCCUUUGUCGGGCUUUGCAUGAUCUCUACUCGGGUGACAGCAGCAAGGGAAAUCGCCAUCUCAUUCAAUUUAUUGCAGAGGAAUUUCAAAGCCAGUCAACGCUGGCAGGGGUAGCCCAAUCGGUAGUGCAUCGAAUCGUUCAAUUACAUCAUGACGCCUUUAUGCAGAAGGUCGAGGAAGGUAACAAAGCAUCUUUCGGAAAUCGGGAUGAUAUCACUUUGUUGAUUCGUAACUUCAACUAUCCGCUUCCGAAUGCUUUCAAUAAUCGUAAAAACAGUAGCCGUUCGCUUGCAUCGGCCACAUCGGCUUCUUCGACUGCUAGUUCCGAUGCGACACCAACCAACCAUAGCUAUGGUACCGAAACGGACUGUUCCGUAAUGGGAACUAAUGUGUCCGUUGCUAGUUCGGAAAGAAGCGAGAACGAUGAUUUCCCAGAGCUUGAGAAGGUAAUGCCGUAUGUUGAUUUUUCGGACUACCACCGACGAGUUGCGGAGGCAAGAAAACUCGGAAAACUUCCACCAAACAUCGAGUUCGAUUGAAGAAUAAAAAGGCGUUUUUUCUGUUUGUUAUUUAAAUAAUACACACAAAUUAUCUAACAUUAGG